GAAAAUAAUAUUGCUAAAACCUGACUGAUUCUGAACCUUCUGCAAACAGCAGAUCAGUCACAAAGUAUAGACCUGCAAUAUGUCGAAUCACUCAGUGGAGGGGAUUUACCUCAGCACUCAUGAGGAGAACAUCCUGUUCGCAACCUUCUACAUUGUCAUCUUCAUCAUCUCAGUCCCCAGCAAUGCCUUGGCACUUUGGGUGUUCUGCCACAACAACACCAACAACACCCCAUCCAAAGAGUUUCUGAAGCACCUGGCUAUAGCGGACAUGUCUUACGUCCUGGUGCUCCCCAUGCGAGUGAUCUACCACAUCUCAGACAGUCACUGGCCUCUUGGUGAAGGGUCCUGUCGCGUGGUAGGUUUCCUGUUCUUCGUCAACCUCUACUGCAGCAUGUACUUUAUGACCUGCAUCAGUGUAGACCGUCUGUUGGCUUGCGUCUUACCAUACAAAACUCAGAAUCUGAGAAAGACCAAGAAUGCCAAAGUGGUCUGUGCGGUCUUGUGGGUCAUGGUGACCAUUUCCAUGGUGCCUGUCCUGUUCUCCAAAAAAGAAGUGACUAGAAAAUGGCAGAAUGUUACAGUGUGCGAACAGCUGUACAUAGAGAAGUCCACUAAUCCCACCGGCGCGGUAGUGUCCACUGCUAUUGCAUUCAUGAUACCUCUGGUCACCCUGAGUGUCUCUUACAUUCUCAUAUUUUGCAAAGUCAAACAAAUGAGUUUUCAAGAAAGGACGCCUACUCAGCAUAAGGCAAUGAGAAUGAUCGUACUUACAGUGGUUAACUUCUUGAUUGCAUUUGUGCCCUAUCAUAUUCACCGAUUUUUCUUUAUCAUACAGCAAGAGGACAUGUCAAGGUCAGAAUCCGAAAGACAAAUGCUGCAUUUGGGAAAUCGAAUCACCUCAGCUUUAACAUGCAUAAGUGGCGUGUUGGAUCCUGUCAUGUACUUCUUUCUGGCUAGAAAUUACCAAGAAACCCUUCUGAAGCUCUGUGGUAGAAACCUCAACGAUGAGCAAUCCACCGCAUGAUCAGGCGAGAAAUCUUCUCCGCUGUUAACUACCAGGCACGAUGAAAAUUAGUAUCUGUUAAACAAAUGUUUAAAGUGAAAGUAGAAGUAGAAAAAGUAUGGCUGAUAAUGAUUGAGGUUCAUUCAGAA